AUGUUCUCCGUUACGUCAAGAAAGACCCCCCUUCCACCAUCUCAUUCUGCCGUAGUCGUCAGGUCUCUCCUCAACGUCACGCCAGAAGAACGAGAGGAGAUUCUCAAAGAUGUCGAAUAUAAUGUCUUUGCUUUCCCCGCGGGACUUAUUACCUGCGACUACCUUUCGGACUCUGGUGCUUCGGCGAUGACGGACGUCCAAUGGGCAGCUUUGAUGAGGGGUGAUGAAAGUUAUGGCCGCAAUUGGGGGUAUUAUUGCCUUCUGGAAGCUUUCCGAGAUACUUUCGAGAGAGGGGAUAAUCAAGACCGAGCAUUUCAGAGUAUACUAACAGGAACGGCUGACAGCAAGUUCUACCGCUCUAAACUCCUCGUACCAUACGAGGAUGGGUUCGUGAAUGGUGGAUCUCACCAGCUUGAACGGCCCAAUUUUUUCAUUGUCCCACAGGGUCGCUGUGCUGAAGCCCUACUAUUUUCCACUUUAGGGGGUGUGCUUGCAGGGGAAUCUCAGACGAAAGGAUCUAACCGAGUAAUCAUAAGCAACGGCUUUUUCGACACAACUGGCGCUAAUGCUACUGUGGCUGGAUUCGAACUACAAACUUUCACCCAACCCGGGCUCAGUGACCCAUUUCCUCAGGGGCUCAUCGGAAAGUCCAACAAGUUCAAGGGAAACUUAGACAUAACUGCUACCGAGAACUUCUUGGAUGAGAACCCAGGACGAGUGUCUCUAAUAGUGAUGACCAUCACAAAUAAUUGGGCUGCUGCACAACCUGUUUCAAUGGCCAAUAUCCGAGAUGCUUCUUUGUUGGCCAAGCGAAAUGAAAUACCCUUCUUUUUCGACGCGUGUCGAUUCGCGGAGAAUGCUAUGUUCGUCCGCGAUUGUGAGACAGGGUACUCCGAUAAAACAAUCCCUGAGAUUGUGAAGGAGAUGUUCUCUUAUGUUGACGGGUUCACCAUAAGUCUGAAGAAAGAUGGCUUGUCGAAUAUGGGUGGUGUCCUAUGUUUCCGCGAUAAGGGGCUAUUGGCGCGGAAGUAUGAAGGUAUCGGGCUUCAAUUGAAGGAGCGUCAGAUACUUCUGUACAGAAACGACUCUUACGACGCAAUGAGCGGUCGUGACCUUAUGGCAGCAGCAGCAGGUCUCUAUGAAGGUACCAAGGAGUAUUAUCUGCGCAACCGCAUAUCCCAAGUUCAAUCCUUCGCACAGAAACUCCUAGCGAAUGGAAUUUCCGUUCUAUCACCCCCGGGAGGCCACGCUGUCUAUCUUGAUAUGGACGAGUUCUUCUACGGUUGUGACAGGAAGUUAGAUGGCUUCGCCUCCGUUGGAUUUACUCUAGAAUUGAUCAAAGACUACGGCAUUCGUGCAGCGGAAGUAGGUCCCUUUGGUUGGGAAUGGGAUAAGAAGUCACCAGAAGAACGGAAGAAGAUCCCUAACCUUGUUCGUUUCGCCGUGCCACGCCAGGUAUCCUCAGAUCAGCAUAUCGACUAUACGGUCGCUGCGAUAAAGGAGUUGUACAACCGGAGGCAUACGAUACCUAACGUAGAGAUUUCAAGAGGCAAGAACAUGCGACUCCGACACUUCCAAUGCGGAUUGAAACCAGUCCCAGUUGAAAGCGGUAUCAAUGGGACAUACUACAGCGAAGCUAAGCGCCAGAUAUCACAUCUUUCUCGAGCUACUGGGCAAGACGAAACAGCCAAAGAGCAGUUACUCGAUGCGCUACGGUUAUCGAUGGGCACCUGGGGUCAAUAUUCAAUACCCGAGGAACCAGGCGUAUCGGGAUGGUUGUCCAACGUCAGCAACGAUGGCGCUCCUUUCGAAUACUCAGUACAGAUAGACCAAAGGACCGGCAAAGCACAGCUACGAUUCCUAGUUGAAGCCCAGCCAGAAGGAAACACCCUAACGCAGCUUCGGCAGAGCACAAUGUACCUAAACGCGGAUGUCGCACAACAUUACGGCACAACCGUCUCCCUCAGCCGCUUUGGUCUUAUAUAUGAUUUAUUUAUCCCCUCUAACCCAGAAGGAAAAUUCGUCGCAUGGCACAGUUGCGCGCUCGCAAAGGGUGGUCCGGAUUGGAAGAUUUAUCUCAACCCAGCUGCAUCCGGACAAGACGAAGCUUUAUCUGUGACCCGAAAAGCGUUCAAACGUCUCGGCCUGGAAAGCUCGUGGGACUUACUGGAAAGAAUUAUGACGCCUAAUGACUCUAUCAGAUACUUCUCGCUCGAUCUAUCGGACGAUGAAGAUGCUCGCGUCAAAGUGUACGUCGCACAUCCCGACGCGAGCGCAUCCGAAAUUGCGCGGAAGAAUAUGACUAUCUGUCCAGACACGUCUUCAUAUGAAAUCGAGCGGUUCUUUGACGUUAUGGCCGGCGGAUCGCUGGGACCCUAUAACUCGAAGUCGGUACUAUCUUGUUUCGCGUUCACAAGUAAAGCACCCAAUAAGCCUAUCGGAACGGUGCAUUUCCCCAUAGUAUCGCACGUGAAGCAUGAUGGCGAAGUUCAGGAGCGGGUUGAAAAAUAUUUAAACGCGAUAUCUGCGCCUACAGCCUACCGCGAGAAGUACAGAGGAAUAGUCGGUGCGGUACAGCGCAGACCUUUGGAUCAGGGACGUGGGAUACAUGCUUGGGUCAGUUUGAAGCAAGAUUCUAAGGGUGUGUCUAAUACGUUCUACGUAUCUCCGGAGUUAUUUGGGACUAUUAAAUCCUAG